UUCGGUCAAGAAAUACGUCUCAGAGGAAUUUCGUAAAAUCCUCUCAAACAAGGUAAUUAUAAAGGAUUUCUGCUUCUCUAAGGAAGUCAGAUACGGCACAUACAAGAAUGAGGCAUAUCUUCCUCCAGGAGCAAUAGUAGCCAGGAGGAACAUCGAAAAUGAUGAAAGAAGCGAACCUCAAUAUAGAGAAAGAAUUCCCUAUAUUGUGUAUCGAGAUCCUACCAAACAACGAUUAAAAGAUCGGUGUGUUUCUCCUGAGGAGUUUAUCGAGAGGUUGAAUACUUCCGAACCAAUGCAGUUGGACUAUGAGUACUAUAUCUUAAAAGUAUUGAUACCUCCGUUGGAAAGAGUCUUCAAUUUAAUGGGAGUGGAUCUCCAACAAUGGUAUAAGGAACUUUCAAAACCAGAUAAUGAUAUUCAGCUGACAUCGUCUGGUAUCACGAAUUCAGUGUUUAUUCAAAAGAAAUCUUGUAUCAAUUGUCAAAGACGAAUUAUCGUGAAAAAUUCUAAGCUCUGUCACGUAUGCUUGAAAGAUACACCUCUGUUGAUACUCAGUAGCAAACUUGAACAAAAGUAUCUACAAACCAAAUUAUCUGAUCUCAACAAGGUAUGCGGUAUUUGUGUUAGCCAUGAAAAUGUUAAAGCCACCAACCAAGUAUUUUAUGACAACUGCAAGAACAAGGAUUGUUCAACUUAUUUCAAUCGUAUAAAGACCAUGAACGAACUCAAAAUAUCAACCCAAAGAAGUGACGAACUCUUCGAGGUUCUUGAUCGGUGAGGUCUAUGUUCCCAUAAUUUUGCAUUUAUAGAGUAUUGUCAAAUUUCAACCGCGUUUUUAUCAAAACAUCAUCAACUCUAUUUAAAGAAAAUACCCAAUGCCAUACACGAAGGAAAUAACAUUGCCCGAGGGUUACACCUUCAGAAGGUUAGAAAAGUCUGACUACAACAACAAUUAUAGAGAAACUUUACAGGUAUUGACGACAGUAGGAGAAAUAUCCGAGUCCAAGUUCAAUGAUCUAUUUGAAAACUGGAACGCAUUACCCAACAUCUUCCACCCGCACGUAAUUACCAACGAACAAGGCAAAGUGGUGGCAACUGGAAUGUUGUUUGUGGAGAAGAAAUUGAUCCAUGAGUGUGCUCUGUUAGGUCACAUUGAAGAUAUUUCAGUUGCAAAAUCUGAACAGGGAAAAAAAUUGGGUUACUCCAUGAUCGUGGGAUUAACAAAAGUGGCUCAACAACAAGAAUGCUAUAAGGUAGUAUUGGACUGUUCUCCUCAUAAUGUGGGCUUCUAUGAGAAAUGUGGAUAUGGUAACGGAGGGAACAACAUGUACAUCAAGUUUUAGAUCGGUGAUUUAUUCAUACUAUACACAAUUAAGUCAUUUAUAAUGUCUUUAGACCAUUUAUAUCUUUUCUAGAGCCUAAAAUCUUGUUAGUAUUACCUUCAACGGUAGUUGGUGUUUUCAAUACAUACCUCCAUUGAAACAAUUGAAUUUCCUCUGAUAACCUUUGAGAUUGUUAGUAAGCUGUUGAGUUAAAUAUUCUCCUUCAAGUUGUUCAAUACAUACCACUGUUCCUAUGUUGGACGUAUCACCAUUUUCCCUGACCUCUAAUGCUUCAGAUAAGGUUAUAUUCAAAAAUACAUCGAAUGCUUUCAAUACUCCCGUAACGGACCUGGUACCAUUUAAAUGAACAGAGAUCUUCUUAUUCAUAUACUUCUUUAAUUCGGGAGUGGAUACCAUCUUUGAUAGU